CCUUCACUUUCCACCUUCACUUCCCUUCCACGUCUACUUGGCCUAGAUAGCUUGCAUGGCUUCGCAGAAAAUUACGGCCGCGUUGGCCACGAUCGAAUCGAGCGGCAACCAGCAGACCAAACUGCAGCUGUACAACAACCUCCUCUCAGAAAUCGUGACAACCUCCUCCGAACAUGAGCUCGCGCAGGAUCUCAUAUACUACCUGGAUUCGAUUCUCAACGAGGAGAUCAGCAUCGUGGCUGCACGGCCGCUGCUCGACUCGUUCAUCCAGGUCCUUCACAAACUCGGCCCCGAGAACAAAGUCAAGGUUGGUCAGCACGCCGUGACGCUGCUGCAGACGCGGUCCACUUCGGUCGAAGAACAGGACGCCCAGAUCCGGGAGUUGCUGGCGGAUGCCUACGAGCAGCAGGAAGAAUACAGUGCGGCGGCACGGACGCUACAGGGGAUCCAGCUGGAUAGUUCGCAGCGCCUCAUCUCCGACGCGGCUCGCGUUCGGCUCUGGAUCCGCAUCGUGAGACUGUACCUAGAGGAAGACGACACGACGAAUGCGGAGACGGUGUUGAAUCGGAUCAAGAAUCUGCCCAGCAAGAUCGAGGAUGCAGAGCUCAAGCUACACUUCCAACUCUCGCAGGCACGGAUCCUCGACGCCCGGCGACGCUUCCUGGACGCGAGCCAGGAGUACUACACGGUCAGUUUGGCCGCGGGGGUCGAUGAGAGCGAUCGACUGCAGGCCCUGUCGGCGGCGAUCCGGUGUGCGGUACUUGCGCCUGCCGGGCCGCAGCGGUCGCGCGCGCUGGCUCGGUUCUACAAGGACGACCGGGCGUCAUCGGUGGAGGAGUUUGGGAUUCUAGAGAAGAUGCAUCUCAACCGGCUGCUGACGCCGGCGGAGGUGGCGGCGUUCUCGCAGAAGCUGGCGCCGCACCAGCUGGCGCAGACGGCGGAUGGGACGACGGUACUCGACAAGGCGGUGAUCGAACACAACCUGGUGGCCGCGAGCCAGCUGUACGAGAACAUCACCACCGACUCCCUGGGCCGGAUCCUCGGACUGACGGGGAGCGGCGACCUGACCGCGGGCGAAAAGGCCGAGGCCUACGCUGCCCGGAUGGUCGAGCAGGGUCGUCUGAAGGGAAGCAUCGAUCAGAUCGACGGGGUGAUCUCCUUUGACUCGAGCACCCAUGGCCCCGCAACCGCGUACGGACGACACAUCCGACAGUGGGAUGCGGGAGUGCAGAAGCUGACGGAGGAGGUCGAACGCAUCUCGGCGAGUAUAUCGCGGACCUUUCCAGACUUUGCAGAAGCCCAGACGGCCCACUAGAGAUACGAGUAGACUCCACGAUAGAUGAAUAACGACACUUGCAUCGUACUGCCUUCAUUAGUGACAUACUAGUAUGC